AUGCGCAGUCUUGAUAAAUUUUGGAGAUUAAGUCAAUUUAGACUUGCUCGGUUUGUUUUCCUUUGGCGGCUUUUCCGAGUAGUCAGCAGCAUCCUGCUCUGUUCCGAGUCCAUCUCUGUGUUCGCCGAUCAGGAUUUGUCAUUUGCGCUGCUGAAUCACCCCCAUGAAACUGCAGCGACUUCCUUCUGGUCCUGCAUUUGGCAGAUUCUCGGCUUCACCAACCUCUUCGGACUCGGGAAUUGCUUGGUAACGGUUGGUUCAACAGCAAGCUACGUGGAUUUGCACUCGGAGCCAUACAUUGAAGGUGAACCAGUUUAA